GGGUGAAAGGUCACGGCGACGCCGGGCUGAGGGCAGCGGAGCCGCGUCCCGGCCCCGGUCAUGGCGGCCCGGCGGCUCCGCGGGGCCCUGCAGUUCGGGGCGCGGCAGCGGCUGCGGGCGGUGGCAGCGCCUCCUGGGAGAUUUGCAGCACCGUGCAGCCUUGGCUUCGGCCGCCCGGUGGUCAGCGCUGAGUGGGAGCUGCAGCGCGCGCCCUCCCGCUCCUUCCUCAACCUCGCGGGCUCCUUAACCAACAAACGCAAGGAGUACUCGGAGCGGCGCAUCAUCGGGUACUCCAUGCAGGAGAUGUACGACGUGGUCUCCAACGUGGACGACUACAAAACCUUCGUGCCCUGGUGCAAGAAGUCGGUGGUGGUCUCCAAGCGGACGGGGCACAUCAAGGCGCAGCUGGAGGUGGGAUUCCCGCCCGUCCUGGAGCGCUACACCUCCAUCGUCACCCUCAUCCGCCCGCACCUCGUCAAGGCCGUCUGCUCGGACGGGCGGCUCUUCAACCACCUGGAGACAAACUGGCGUUUCAGCCCCGGCAUCCCCGGUUACCCCCGCACCUGCACCGUGGAUUUUUCGAUCUCCUUCGAGUUCCGUUCCCUGCUGCACUCCCAGUUGGCCACCGUGUUCUUCGACGAGGUCGUCAAGCAGAUGGUGGCGGCCUUCGAGCGCCAGGCGGCCAAGAGCUUCGGGCCCGAGACCCGCAUCCCGCGGGAGCUCAUGUUCCACGAGGUGCACCAGACGUGAGGGCGGCGCUGCGGCUGCGGACUGUGCCAGGCUCAGCCCCGCCCCCCUCUUAAAUAUUUAUUUGAGUGCGUCUUUGCUGCCGUUGCCUGGAAUUCCCUCCCGGCCCCGCGGGCGCCAAGCGCUGCUCCUGCAGGGGGCUGCUGGGAGACCCCCGGCCCCGUCGCACCACGGCAGGAGCCGCGGCCCAGCGCCGGACUCCCUCAUUUUGUAGCUGAUUUUGGUUUUAAGUUUUUGUUUUAGUUUUUUUUUCUUUUUUUUUUUUUUGGGGGGGGGGGGAGAUUUUUUUUUUUAAACCCUUCGUUCCUCUUAACUCUGCAAGGCCAGAGGGCUCCAGCUCCUGCGCCCGCGGUGGAGGAACUCCCGGGUCAGCUCUGCCUGCCCCGCAGAGGAGGAAGGUUGGCGCUCGCUGGCGGGGGAGCCCGGCCGGAUCCUGCUGGGGAACACAAGCGGUUGGUGGGGGUCUCGCCGCCGGGUCCCCCCGCCCCCGCCCCGACUCUUCAGGAACGGAAGGGAAGAAGGGGCGGAGCGAGGCGGCGGCGGGGCAGAGCUGCCAGCCCCUCGCCUGCAGCCGCCGUGCGCCCGCCCCGCCGCGCAGUUUGCACAAGUCUCACGCACAGCAGGGACGGGGGCCUCGCUCCGACCGGCCCCUGCCCCCCCCCCCCCCCCACCCGUUGCCCCUCGCCACCCCAGGGACCAGCACGGCCCCGGCCCGAGGCGCCCCCCGCUCCCCCUGAGCUUCCCUACCUUCAGCCUGGAGGACCCGGGCUCCAGCAGGCCGUGACACCCGCUGGGGGGCCACAAGGGGCCCCCUGAGCCACCCCCCGGCCCUAGGCUCCCCCACUCAGCCCCCCCCGUUCCAUCCCCGUCACGGAGGAGAUCGUGGCCUUGCUGUCCAAGGAAGGACUUCUGCGUAUGCCAAUAAAGAGCAUUUCCAAGGGUGA